AUGUCUUCUAAUGGUACGACUGAUCCCCAAGUUGCUUCAGCCACUGAUGUUGUUCCCCUCACCACUUCUUCUCUGCUUCACAUUAACAUGAUUAAUGUCACAAAACUUAUCUCCACUAAUUACCUCAUGUGCAACCGCCAAGUUAAUGCCCUCCUUGACGGCUACAAUCUUGGCCACUUUCUCGAUGUUGAGGCAGACAAACCCGAUCCCACGAUCACGACCGCCGGAUCCACUGCUGCUAAUCCUGCUUAUGUUGUGUGGACCCGCCAAGAUAAACUCAUUUACAGUGCUAUCCUUGGUGCCAUCUCUCUUGAUGUGCAACCACUCCUCUCUCAUGCCUCCACCUCUAUAGACGUACGGACAACCUUGAGUUCUACCUACGCCAAGCGUAGCCGCGGCCACAUCCUGCAACUGAAACACCAAGUAAGUGAAUGGAGAAAAGGCAAUCGUUCUAUUGACGAAUAUGUCCAAGGGCUGACGAUGUGGUUCGAUCAACUUGCUUUCCUUGGCAAACCUGAGGAUCAUGAGGACCAGAUCCGCUACAUUCUCAAAGGCCUUCGCGAAGACUAUAAGACCGUCGUUGACCAAACCGAAGGACGUGCUGUGGCACCCUCGAUUCCGGAGCUUCACGAGAAUAUUCUCAACCUUGAAGCUACUCUUCUUACAUCGAGUCAUGCUGCCUCUGUUCCAAUCACUGCCAACUAUGCCAACAGUCAUCAGCGCUCCAAGCCUUUCCAUCCGCGGCAACACAACAACAACAACCAAGGCUGGUAUCAUAACAACAACGGUGGCCACAACCGUAGCUCUAAGCCUUCUCUUGGUAAGUGCCAGAUUUGCGGCACUCAAGGUAACUCCGCUAGGCGUUGUCCUCAGUUUCAGUCUCCACAAGCUCAACGACCACUUUUUCCCACUCCUCGUGCCAACAUUGCUCAAUCUUCUACUCCUUGGAUCAUGGACUCUGGUGCCACGCACCAUAUUACAUCCGACUUUGCCAAUCUCUCCAUUUAUCAACCUUACACUGGCGGUGAAGAGGUUCUUGUUGGUGAUGGCACUGGUCUUCCCAUCCUUCACAUGGGUUCAGCUUCUCUACCCUUUCUUUAA